AUAUGUAUUUUUGGUAGUUUUUUUGUGGGUAUUUUGUUCCAUUUGGGGAAUCCUGUUUCCACCCCGCACAGAAGGUGGCAGAAUGCACAUUCAAUUGCGUGAUCUCCAAUAGAAGAAGAUGUUGCCACGUGAUGUGCACUGGAUCAGCUGAUAUGUGGUCACGUGAUUUUUAACAACAAGGAAGAAGCCGUUUGCACCGAAGAACAUACAGCGUUUUUUAAAUGUUAUUUUUUACAACGUUUAUAAUCAGUGAUUAUUAUGUUAAACAUUCUUUAUUCUUCUUUGAAGUUUUCCUUGUCUUGAAUGCAGUAUUACGUGUUAAUAGAUAAUUGGGUUGUUAUUAAAUGUUUGAAACCUGACUAGAUACUUUUAUCUGGCAACAAUUCCCGCAGAAGCCACAACAAUGAGCGCGUUUAGAAAAAGAGGAAGCGUUCUUGUUGUCCUUUAUUACGUCGGGAGUUUUCACGUCCUUUUCGGAUACAAUGUAUCCAGAGAAGAGCAGCACGAUCUCAGCUUGAACAGGAAAUGGACCAUACAGAACUCAAAUGGGUCUCUGUCGCUUCCUGCAGAGGUACCGGGGUGUGUACACUCUGCUCUCCUGAAACAGGGCUUUAUCAAGGAUCUCUACUUCAGGUUCAAUGAUGUAGCAUACAGGUGGAUCGCUCUUGACAACUGGACAUACACAACUACAUUUUCUGCCUCAACAGAGCUAAGGGCUAAACAAAGAGUCCAGCUGGUGUUUGAAGGAGUGGACACUGUAGCGUCCAUCUCUGAAUGGAGUUGUUGUGGGAAGACAGACAACAUGUUCCGCAGAUAUGACUUCAGCGUAGGCCAGUUGUUGAGGGAAGGGGAGAACGUUGUGAAGGUGAGCCUCCUCUCCCCUGUCGUGUACGCCUCAGAGAGGAGUCAGGCUCACUCCUCCUACAGCGUGCCCCCUGACUGUCCUCCACCCGUCCAGAAGGGAGAAUGUCACGUCAACUUUAUCAGAAAGGCUCAGAGUUCCUUCAGCUGGGACUGGGGGCCGUCAUUCCCAACCCUGGGGCUGUGGAAGGGUGUUCAUCUGGAGGCCUUUGAUGUGCUGCGCCUAAUCCAUCUCUCUACUGUACCAGUCUAUAACUCCUCUCUGUCUCGGUGGGUGGUAACGGUGGAAGUGUUGGUUGAUGCUGUGGAGGAGACUAAAGUCCAGGUCAACCUCUCUCUGAUGGAGCUGUCUACAGAACACACCUUCAUGGUGGUGUUUCCAUCUGGGCAGAGCAAGAACACCUUGAGCCUCCAUGUCAACACAGUUAGUAUGCUGGGUGGGAAGGUGUAUUUCCGUACAGUAGAGCUGGUCCAGGAGCCAAUCGCUGGUUCCCCUGGGCUGAGUUUCUACUUCCGGGUCAACAAGCCCAUCUUCCUGAAGGGGUCAAACUGGAUCCCAGCUCACGCCCUUCAGGACAUGGUCAGCCCUGCUGAUGUGAGGAACCUUCUACAGUCGUCCGUAAGCGCUAAUAUGAACGCGCUCAGGGUCUGGGGGGGAGGAGUCUAUGAGCAGGACCUGUUCUACUCUCUCUGUGAUGAGAUGGGGAUCAUGAUCUGGCAGGACUUCAUGUUUGCCUGUGCCAUGUACCCCACUGAGCCUGACUUCAUAGAGACGGUUAGAGAGGAGGUUGUCCAACAGGUGAGGCGCUUAAAGUCCCACCCCUCGGUCAUCGUGUGGAGUGGGAACAACGAGAAUGAGGCGGCCCUGGCCACUAAUUGGUUCGGCAUCCCCGUUGCCCAGCAACCCCGGUACCAUAGAGACUAUGUGACUCUGUAUGUGGACAACAUCAGGGCUAUUGUUCAGAAGGAAGACGGUAGCCGCCCGUUCCUAGUCUCCAGUCCCACUAACGGAGUAGAGUCUCAGCAGGAGGGCUGGGUGGCCCACGACCCCUACGACCUACACUAUGGAGACACACACUACUAUAGCUACAGCCAUGACUGCUGGGACUGGACAGCCCUGCCACGCACACGCUUCGCCUCCGAGUACGGCUUCCAGUCCUGGCCCUCCUUCUCCACCUUGCAGAAGGUGUCUGUGUCAGAAGACUGGAGUUAUGGGAGUAACUUCUCGUCUCACCGUCAGCACCACCAGACUGGCAACCAGCAGAUGCUGCAACAGGCGGGACUACACUACCAUCUCCCAGCCUCAGCAGAUCCACUGAAGAGAUACAGGGACACACUGUACAUCACACAGGUCAUGCAGGCCCAGUGUGUUAAGGUCCAGACAGAGUUCUACCGCCGCAGCCAGAGUGAGGUCAUCGAGGGCAAAGGUCACACCAUGGGAGCUCUCUACUGGCAACUCAAUGAUAUCUGGCAGGGCCCUUCCUGGUCCUCUAUAGAGUUUGGUGGGAAGUGGAAGAUGCUCCAUUACUUUGCCAAAGACUUCUUCUCCCCUGUGCUUCCGGUGGGCUUUGAGGACCAGGGUAGUCUGGUGGUCUAUGCUGUGUCUGACCUGAGCCACGACCUUCACCUCAGGACUGUGGUUUCAGUCUAUGAGUGGAGCAGUCUGGAUCCUGUGUGCACUGUGGCUUCCGGAUUGGUGCUUGUGGAAGGAGGAAGUGCUGAGGUCAUCCACAAACAGCCAAUCACAGCCCUGCUGGCGGGGUGUGGGCGCGGGAGCUGUACCCGCCUCACCUGUCUCCUGACCUUUCACCUUGAGGACGUCAACAGCCAGCAAGGUCCCAUUAACCACCUCUUCCUCAGCUCACCCAAAAAUGCCCAGCGGAUGCUGAGACCCAACAUCACAGUAAGAUGGACUGACUGGACACAACGAGUGACAAUGACAUCACCACAACUGACCUGACUGCAUCAUCAUGAGUUCUGCUUCUAAUUCUGUCAUAUCAAUCAUAUUUGUCCGCUGGAUCUCCUACAGGGUAGUCUGGGUUCAUAUACAGCUUGGUACCCUCCCUGUCUCUCUGGGACGGCAGGAGGACUAAUGUAUAUGCUGUUAGGGUAGUCUGGGUUCAUAUACAGCUUGGUACCCUCCCUGUCUCUCUGGGACGGCAAGAGGACUAAUGUAUAUGCUGUUAGGGUAGUCUGGGUUCAUAUACAGCUUGGUACCCUCCCUGUCUCUCUGGGACGGCAGGAGGACUAAUGUAUAUGCUGUUAGGUUAGUCUGGGUUCAUAUACAGCUUGUUACCCUCCCUGUCUCUCUGGGACGGCAGGAGGACUAAUGUAUAUGCUGUUAGGGUAGUCUGGGUUCAUAUACAGCUUGGUACCCUCCCUGUCUCUCUGGGACGGCAAGAGGACUAAUGUAUAUGCUGUUAGGGUAGUCUGGGUUCAUAUACAGCUUGGUACCCUCCCUGUCUCUCUGGGAUGGCAGGAGGACUAAUGUAUAUGCUGUUAGGGUAGUCUGGGUUCAUAUACAGCUUGGUACCCUCCCUGUCUCUCUGGGACGGCAGGAGGACUAAUGUAUAUGCUGUUAGGGUAGUCUGGGUUCAUAUACAGCUUGGUACCCUCCCUGUCUCUCUGGGACGGCAAGAGGACUAAUGUAUAUGCUGUUAGGGUAGUCUGGGUUCAUAUACAGCUUGGUACCCUCCCUGUCUCUCUGGGACGGCAGGAGGACUAAUGUAUAUGCUGUUAGGGUAGUCUGGGUUCAUAUACAGCUUGGUACCCUCCCUGUCUCUCUGGGACGGCAGGAGGACUAAUGUAUAUGCUGUUAGGGUAGUCUGGGUUCAUAUACAGCUUGUUACCCUCCCUGUCUCUCUGGGACGGCAAGAGGACUAAUGUAUAUGCUGUUAGGGUAGUCUGGGUUCAUAUACAGCUUGGUACCCUCCCUGUCUCUCUGGGACGGCAGGAGGACGAAUGUAUAUGCUGUUAGGGUAGUCUGGGUUCAUAUACAGCUUGGUACCCUCCCUGUCUCUCUGGGACGGCAGGAGGACUAAUGUAUAUGCUGUUAGGGUAGUCUGGGUUCAUAUACAGCUUGGUACCCUCCCUGUCUCUCUGGGACGGCAAGAGGACUAAUGUAUAUGCUGUUAGGGUAGUCUGGGUUCAUAUACAGCUUGGUACCCUCCCUGUCUCUCUGGGACGGCAGGAGGACUAAUGUAUAUGCUGUUAGGUUAGUCUGGGUUCAUAUACAGCUUGUUACCCUCCCUGUCUCUCUGGGACGGCAGGAGGACUAAUGUAUAUGCUGUUAGGGUAGUCUGGGUUCAUAUACAGCUUGGUACCAUCCCUGUCUCUCUGGGACGGCAGGAGGACUAAUGUAUAUGCUGUUAGGGUAGUCUGGGUUCAUAUACAGCUUGGUACCCUCCCUGUCUCUCUGGGACGGCAGGAGGACUAAUGUAUAUGCUGUUAGGGUAGUCUGGGUUCAUAUACAGCUUGGUAACCCUCCCUGUCUCUCUGGGACGGCAGGAGGACUAAUGUAUAUGCUGUUAGGGUAGUCUGGGUUCAUAUACAGCUUGUUACCCUCCCUGUCUCUCUGGGACGGCAGGAGGACCAAUGUAUGUGAUGUUAGGGUAGUCUGGGUAUGGUUGACUUCCAUAGUGACCUGUCUCUCUCUCUCUCUGAAUGGUCAGUAUGACUUCCAUAGUGACCUCUCUUUCUCCUCUCAGGCCGAGGUGCAGCAGGACGAGAUUGGAGGAUACACCGUGACCCUGCAGUCCUCUGCCGUAGCAGCUUUCGUAUGGCUGGAUGUGGGGGACGUCCCAGGACGAUUCGGCACCAACGGAUUCCUCAUGGUCACCAGGAACAGAAUAGUCACCUUUAACCCCUGGGGUCCCACCAGUACCCAGCAGCUAGCCCAGGCACUGACUGUUACGUCAUUGAGAGAUGUGUACUGACUAUCUUGCAUAUCAAAUGGCAUCCUAUACCCUACAUAGUGCACUACUUUAGACCAGAGCUCUAUGGGUUGUCCACUGUAUAGGGAAUAG